AUGCUGGACCACGUCUGCAUCUUCACAAAGGGCGGCUCCCUGCUCUGGGUGCUGUCCUUUGUGGGCCUCAAGGGCGACCCUAUCAACACCCUAAUCCGGGCCUGCCUCCUGGAGGAGCGCGCGGGGCAGAGCAGCUUCGAAUACAUCAUCCCCAGCGGCGGCACCUAUGCGCUCAAGUGGUCACUAAACAACGGGCUGGGCCUCGUGUUUGUGGCAGUCUACCAGAAGGCGCUGAAGCUGCUGUACGUGGAUGAGCUGCUGGAGCGCAUGAACCGCGCGUUUGCGCCCCGCUACAAGCCCGGCUGCUUCGAGUAUCCCGAUUUUGACGCCACCUUCCAGCGCCUGCUCAAGGACUGCGAGGAGAAAGCCGAGGCGGCGCGGCGCCCCAGCACGCAGCAGCUGGCGCCGGCGCAGGUGGGCGCCGCCGCGGGGCAGCAGCGCCGCGCCUCGGGCGCCAAGACUGGCGGCAGCAGCCAGGAGGGGGACAGCGACGGCACCGCGGAUGGCGGCGAGGCGGCUGCCGCUGCCGCCGCCCCGGCCUCUGGCUCAGACGCAGGCCCGGCAGGCGACUCGGCCGGCCAGAGCAGCGAUGAUGCCGAGGGCGAGGAUGGGGCCGCCAAUGGCGCUGCCUCUGAGUUUGUGCCCAACCUGGACAAGCUGAAGAAGCUGGGCAAGCGGGCGGGGCCCGGCGGCAAGGUGACGCGCCACCACGCCGACCGCGUGGAGGAGCCCAAGAAGAAAGCGCCGGCGGGCAAGAAGGGCAAGCAGGCGCGCGUGUGGGGCGACGCCGCCAACGGCAAGGAGGAGGGGCCCCUGGACUUCACAGAGGGCGAGCCGGGUGAGGCGCAGGAGGUGGCGGCUGACCUCAACCAGCGCAGCCUGAUUGAUGUGGAGGAGGAGGUGACGUAUGAUGAGCUGGAGGAGGAGGAGGAGGCUGCGGCGGCUGGCGCCCCCAAGAAGGGCGGCCUGCUGUCGUCCUUUGUGCGCACGAUCGGGGUGAACGUGGCGCUGACGCGGACCGACAUUGAGCCUGCGCUGGCCACGCUCAAGAAGAAGCUGAUGGAGCGGAAUGUGGCAGAGGAGAUUGCCGACAAGGUGACGGAAAGCGUGGCUACGAGCCUGGAGGGGCGCAAGCUGGCCUCCUUCACCCGCGUCAGCACCGCGGUGCAGCAGGCGGUGGAGGAGGCGCUGACGCGCAUCCUCACCCCCAAGCGCUCCAUCGACGUGCUGCGCGAGGUCAAGGCGGUGCAGGCCAAGGGCCAGCCCUACACAAUUGUGUUUGUGGGGGUCAACGGCGUGGGCAAGUCCACCAACCUGGCCAAGGUGGCCUACUGGCUGCUGCAGAACGGCGUCAAGGUCAUGAUUGCCGCCUGCGACACCUUCCGCAGCGGCGCGGUGGAGCAGCUGAAGACGCACUGCGCGCGGCUGCAGGUGCCGCUGUACGAGCGUGGGUACGAGAAGGACCCCGCCAAGGUGGCGUUUGAGGCGGCCAAGGCAGCGCAGCGCUCGGGCAUCGACGUGCUGCUGGUUGACACCGCGGGGCGCAUGCAGGACAACGAGCCGCUGAUGCGCGCCCUGUCCAACCUCAUCAACCUUAACCAGCCAGACCUGGUCCUGUUUGUGGGCGAGGCCCUGGUGGGCAACGACGCAGUGGACCAGCUGACCAAGUUCAACCAGCGCCUGGCCGACCUGUGCCCCGACCCCACCCAGCGCCACCUCAUCGACGGCAUCGUGCUCACCAAGUUUGACACCAUCGACGACAAGGUGGGCGCCGCCCUGUCCAUGGUAUACACCUCGGGUGCGCCCAUCAUGUUUGUGGGGUGCGGCCAGACGUAUGUGGACCUGAAGAAGCUGCACGUGAAGAGCGUGGUCAAGAGCCUGCUCAAGUAA